AAUUAAAAAGGAUAUUGGAGAGGGGAAAGUGAAGUGAUAAGAGAGAGAGAGAGUGAGAAAGUAGAAGCUCUUUGAGAGGUGAGGAGAGAGAGAGAGAGAGAGAGAGAGAGAAAGGAGUGAGAAAGUUUGGAUUUUGAGCUGUGUGGUUGGAUUCUUGUGAGAAAGAAACCAGACCCACCACCACUUCCAAAGCCUUGUCCCAACGAACCACAUUAUUGUUCGAAGCUCAUCUCGUUUAGGGUUUUCUUUCUUCUAAAAGCUCAGAGUGUUGUAUAAUUUUGAAGAAAGCUUAAGGUCUUUUCAGUGCUUAAAGGAAUACAAUGGGAGCGGCGCAUCUUAGCAGGGAGAAGUUAGCUAGAGGUUUCUUGGUGUGUUUAUGGCUGUGGGGUUUCUUCUCUCUAUCAUACGCCGCAAGGUCCGGCGUAUCUAAGCAGAAGUUCGAAGUGAAGAAGCAUCUGAACAGGUUGAACAAACCUGCCGUCAAGAGCAUUCAGAGCCCAGAUGGUGAUAUCAUUGACUGUGUUCCCAUCACAAAGCAACCAGCUUUUGAUCAUCCUUUCCUCAAAGACCACAAGAUUCAGAUGAAGCCUAACUACCACCCUGAGGGACUCUUUGAUGACAACAAAGUGUCUUCUACCACUAAAUCUAAAGACAAAGAACCCCAUAUCCCUCAGUUAUGGCAUCGGUAUGGCAAAUGCGCUGAAGGAACCAUUCCCAUGAGGAGGACAAAAGAGGACGAUGUCUUGAGAGCAAGUUCUGUCAAAAGAUAUGGCAAGAAGAAGCAUAGAACUGUCCCUUUGCCUAAAUCUGCAGAGCCUGACCUCAUCAACCAAAGUGGCCACCAGCAUGCCAUAGCUUAUGUGGAAGGGGACAAGUACUAUGGAGCUAAAGCGACUAUUAAUGUGUGGGAGCCAAAGAUACAGCAGCAGAACGAGUUCAGCUUGUCGCAGAUAUGGCUUCUUGGUGGCUCUUUCGGACAAGAUCUUAACAGCAUUGAAGCUGGUUGGCAGGUGAGCCCGGAUCUGUAUGGUGACAAUAACACAAGACUCUUCACUUACUGGACUAGUGAUGCAUAUCAAGCUACUGGCUGCUACAACCUUCUUUGCUCAGGCUUUAUCCAAAUCAACAGCGACAUAGCAAUGGGAGCAAGUAUCUCUCCUGUCUCCGGCUACCGUAACUCGCAGUAUGACAUCAGCAUUCUGAUCUGGAAGGAUCCAAAAGAGGGACAUUGGUGGAUGCAAUUUGGAAACGGCUACGUUUUAGGAUACUGGCCAUCUUUUCUCUUCUCCUACUUAACGGAAAGUGCGUCCAUGAUUGAAUGGGGAGGGGAAGUUGUGAACUCUCAAGCAGAUGGCCACCACACUUCAACGCAAAUGGGCAGUGGUAGAUUCCCUGAAGAAGGCUUCAGCAAAGCGAGUUACUUCAGGAACAUUCAGGUGGUUGAUUCUUCAAACAACCUCAAGGCACCUAAAGGACUUGGAACGUUCACUGAACAGUCUAACUGUUAUGAUGUUCAGCCCGGAAACAAUGAUGAUUGGGGUCAUUUCUUCUACUAUGGAGGUCCCGGUAAAAACGAGAACUGUCCAUAAAAGUAGUAGACAACCAAGUGAUGUACUGUACUGACUCACCUGUCCGGUUCUCUUGUUUUUGUGAAUUCACCUGUGUUUCUAUCUACACACAGUCCACCUUCUUGGGUAGUAGUAUUAGGGAUGGGUUAAAGUUUAUGUAAUGGUUAGUUUUUGGGUUUGUUUGGUUUCUUCUUCUCCAUGUAAGUAGAUGGACAAGAGGAAAGUGUGUCUUAAGUUUCUUUGAAAACAUUGAAACUUUACUGUCUCCUUUGUAUUGUGUCAUUUAAACUGUUUAAUCAAGUAAGUGAAUCUGUCUUA